UUCGCCGAUUCCUGAAUUCCUCCACCAGCGGUCCAGCCAAGUGCCCCCAAUUCACAACGCAUCCUCGUCUCCUCUCCCACCCUCCGCUAACCCUAGCGACUGCCGCGCUCUCUUGAUCUCCGCGGGGAGCUCCAGAUCUGCAGGCGGGCGGCCCGGCGUCCGGAUCGGGAAGCGAAGAUGACGGAGGCUUGGGUGCGGAACAAGCCGGGGAUGGCCAGCGUCAAGGAGAUGCCGCUGGUGCAGGACGGCCCGCCGCCGGGCGGGUUCGCGCCCGUGCGCUACGCGCGCCGGAUCCCCACCUCGGGGCCCAGCGCCACCGCCAUCUUCCUCACCGCCUUCGGCGCCUUCGCGUAUGGCAUGUACCAGGUCGGCCAGGGGAACAAGGUCCGCCGUGCACUCAAAGAAGAGAAAAUUGCUGCCCGUAGUGCUAUACUGCCGAUGCUCCAAGCUGAAGAGGAUGAAAGAUUUGUCAAAGAGUGGAAGAAGUAUCUUGAGGAGGAGGCUAGGAUCAUGAAAGAUGUCCCAGGAUGGAAGGUUGGCGAGAGCGUGUACAACUCUGGGAAAUGGAUGCCUCCGGCUACUGGUGAACUCCGCCCUGAGGUUUGGUAAGGGCCUGCUCGGCACUGGAAAUGGCAUCAUGUCAUGAGGACAUGAAUAAGGCUUCUAAACCUGGUUACUUUCAAAUUUUUACCAAGGAUCAGCUCUUUAAACACCUCUGUAUUUGUUGUGCUGUAUGAAAGUUGGCUGGUUAAUAAUUGGACAUAUCAAGCAGACUUCCCUGUCUUCUAAAUUUUGAACUAUGCUUGGACGUUUAUGUAAACAUCAUUUCCUUGCUGUGAUGUGUCGUGACAGUCCCCGGUGUUUCCUCUUUCUGUAGUCAUGCAUAAACAUGGAAACCAUUUUAUUCGAGAAAGUUUGAAAUACAAAGAUGUUACCUGCGUGCUUCA